AUGGCGGCGACAGAAGCGAAUGUUGUGCCGGGGCAGCUGGCGCCGAUUUUGACCGCGCUUUAUGUUGGCGACCUUGACGACAGCGUGACGGAGGAAGAGCUGCUUCGAUUGUUCAAUCAAGCAGGCGACGUCGUCUCCGUUAAGAUAUGCAUGGAUGAAAUCAAUCAGCGCUCACUUGGAUACGGUUAUGUAAACUAUAGGAAUCCUGAUGAAGCUGAAAAAGCGUUGAAUGUUCUGAACUUCACUCGUCUCAAUGGCAAAUGCAUUCGGAUUGCAUAUUCAAACAAAGAGGGAAGUCAUCGUAAAAGUGGUCAGGGCAACUUAUUUGUUAAGAAUUUGGAUAAAACAAUCGACCACAAAGGUUUACACGAUAUUUUUAGUCCAUUUGGAAAGAUCUUGUCAUGCAAAGUUGAGACAGAUUCGUGUGGUCAAUCAAAGGGGUACGGUUAUGUGCAGUACAAGGAGGAGGUAUAUGCUGGCAGAGCUAUUCAAUAUCUGCAUGGUGUGUUGUUGCACGGGAAAGAGCUACAUGUAGUGCCUUAUGUCAGCAAGCAGGAGAGGGUGGCAAAAUUCACCAACGUAUUUGUGAAGAAUAUUUCGGCAUCCACAACUGAGGGAGAUUUGAAGUCGGUAUUUGGAGAGUUUGGAUCAAUGACCAGUGUGGCAGUGAUGCGCGACGAAGCAGGAAACUCAAAAUGUUUUGGAUUUGUCAACUUCUACAAUGCAGAGGAUGCAGCCAGGUCUGUUGAAGCUCUUAAUGGCCGAGAAUUUAGUGGGAAGGAAUGGUAUGUUGGUAGAGCUCAGAAGAAAGCUGAGAGGGAGCUAGAAAUGAAGCUCAAGCGCAGGACGACUGCAAAAGAGAUUCUUGAAAGGUCGUUGGGGAUGAACAAUGUCUACAUCAAGAAUAUAGAUGAUGAUGUUGACAAUGACAAGCUCAAGGAAAUGUUUUCUCCAUUUGGCAUCAUAACGUCGUGCAAGGUUAUGACUGAUCUGAGAGGGAUAAACAGAGGCUAUGGCUUUGUCGCAUUCUCUACCGGCCAAGAGGCUUCAAGAGCAAUUUCAGAGAUGAAUGGAAAGAUGAUAGGCAACAAGCCUAUCUAUGUUAGCAUUGCAGAAAGAAAGGAAGUUAGACAUCAACGGUUGCAGUCUAUGUUUUCCAGCAGCAUGCACCCGACCAUGAUGGUGCCUUCAGUGGUACCUCCUCGUCCGAUUUUCUAUGGCAAUGUUGCACAACCUGAAUUCGUCUAUCCGCAGAGGUUUGUACCUCUGAUUCCAAAUUUCAUGUUUCCCAUGAUGCAACGCCCGAUGCACCAGCAGAUGCCUUUAAGGGGAUUAGGAAGCUCUAAUGUCACCACUUCACAAGGAACUCGUGCAGUCAUGCCAAUGCACAACACAGUAAUAAUAUUCCGAUUGGAGUUUCCGGCAAGCAUCGUUUGUUCCAGUGUUUCCAGUUUCCGGCGACAAGGGCCGGUUAAUCUCGACUUCAGCUCUCUCUCUCGCGUAAGAAUCCAGAAAAUAAUCCCAAGAAUUCACCUCCCGAUCAGACUUCUUUUGUGGGGAUCCGUCGAAGCCGAGCGGAGGAAAGUAUUGCAGCGCAGUUGCGCGAUCUCGGUUUUCUCUUUCACUCGAUUCCCCAGAACAAAAAAUUCCCAACAAAUCCGUCGAGCGUAUCGCCGCCUCUCCGCGGCCACCGAAUCACCGAUUCUCCGCAGUCAGCGGAUCGCUGCUCCUCUACAACUAGGGAAUCGCCGCUCCUCGGCAGCUAGGGAACCGCCGCUCCUCUGUAGCCAAGGAAUUACAGCUCACCUACAGCUGACCAUCGAAGGGCUCUCCGCGGCGGUCGAGGACUCGCUCUGCGACCACGUCGCCGCUGCCGAUUCCAUAUCCACGCCGAUCUCCGUUGAGGGGUUUUCCUAA